UGGCCCCGCCCCGCCAUGGUGCCACUGUUAAAGCGGCGCCGCCGCCGCCGCCGCGCGUGUGUCCGUCGGUCCGUCCGUCCUCCCAUCCAUCCGUCCAUCCAUCCGUCCAUCCAUCCGUCCAUCCAUCCGUCCGUCCAUCCAUCCAUCCACCCAUCCUUUCCUUCCUUCCCUGCUCCAGCCCUCCCUGUCCGGCCGCCCUCCCGAGCCAUGAGGAGGCUCUUCCUCCUGCUGUGCAGCGCCGUGUCCUGGUGCAUCGCGGCGCGGGGCGCGGAGGCGGCGCUGCCCGCGGCUGGAGAUGGCAGCGCGGAGCGUGUGCCGGCGCAGAAGGCGAGGGUGAAGUUCGGUCUGCGCUCCUCGCCGGGCGCCGGUGAGGAUGGUUGCACGCUCGCCAUCGGCCAGCACCAGUGCUUGGAGGACUGCAAGUUCAACGUGACAGCUAAAACCUUCUUCAUCAUUCACGGCUGGACGAUGAGUGGCAUGUUCGAAACCUGGCUUGACAGCUUGGUGUCCGCUCUGCGGGAGAGGGAGAAGGAUGCCAACGUGGUCGUGGUGGACUGGCUUUCUCUUGCCCACCAGCUCUACACCGAUGCCGUGAACAACACGCAGAUUGUUGGAAAAACCAUAGCGAGGUUGCUUGACUGGUUACAGGAAAACCCCUUGUUCAAGCUUGAGAAUGUCCACCUGAUUGGGUACAGCCUGGGUGCCCAUGUGGCUGGCUUUGCUGGUAACCACGUCCAUGGCACUAUAGGCAGAAUUACAGGCUUGGAUCCUGCCGGCCCCAUGUUUGAAGGAGUGGACCCCAGCAGGCGCCUCUCCCCUGAUGAUGCCAACUUUGUGGAUGUCCUUCACACCUACACCAGGGAAACACUGGGUGUUAGCAUUGGGAUCCAGAUGCCUGUGGGACACCUUGACAUCUACCCCAACGGGGGAGACUUCCAGCCUGGUUGUGGCCUAAGUGAUGUCUUGGGAGCCAUUGCCUAUGGGACAAUUGGAGAAGUUGUAAAAUGCGAGCACGAGCGGUCUGUGCACCUCUUCGUGGACUCCCUGGUGAACCAGGACAAGCAGAGCUUCGCGUUUCAGUGCACCGAUUCCAGCCGCUUCAAGAAGGGAAUCUGCCUGAGCUGCCGCAAGAACCGCUGCAACGGCAUCGGCUACAACGCCCGCAGGAUCCGGCACAAGAGGAACAGCAAGAUGUACCUGAAAACCAGGGCUGACAUGCCCUUCAAAGUCUACCACUACCAGAUGAAAAUGCACGUCUUCAGCUAUAAGGGCCUGGGAGAGGUUGAUCCCACCUUCUCUGUCACUCUCCAUGGCACCAAUGGAGACUCUGAGCCCCUCUCCUUAGAAAUGCUUGAUCUAAUUGGCCUAAAUGCUACGAACACCUUCCUGGUCUAUACUGAGGAGGACAUGGGUGAACUUCUGAAAAUAAAGCUCACCUGGGAAGGGACAUCUCAGUCGUGGUAUGAUCUGUGGAAAGAGCUGAGGAGCUACUGGUACAGGCCUGUGAAUUCCUCUCAGGAGCUCCACAUCAGACGAAUACGUGUGAAAUCUGGGGAAACACAACUGAGGUUUGCUUUCUGUGUGGAAGACUCCCAGCUAACCAGUAUAUCUCCUGGCAAAGAGCUCUGGUUUGUGAAGUGCACAGAGGAAUGGCAGAAAAGGUCUGUCUCAAAUCUGCUCUGAAGGCUUCCUUAAAGACUCACAACCAAGCAACCUAGAUGCAUGAAGACCACACAGGUGGCAAGAUGCUCUGGGAGAAGCCUGGCUUGGUAGCACUUAAAGAAAUUAGCUCUUCAGGACAGAACAUCUUGAAUUGGAUGCAAGAAACUGAGGAGCAAUUGAUGAACUGUGGUCCUAGACCUAGAAUAACUAAAACUCUAUUUUCCCUUUCCCAAGGAGCCUGGUUUGUGCAUUUAACCUUACCAUGACCUGUUACACGCUGCAUUUUCCCUUCCCUGCUCCCCAUUAACCAGGACUAUGGAUGAGAUCUUCACAGACUGAGACCUCAGCAAUGAUCUUCUGGUCUGCCUGCCAGUGGAGUUGAGAAGACAAAUAACCAUGCUGACUACCUGUCAGACUGUGGGUGACAGAGCUGCCAAGAACAAAUUAGCACCUAGGGUAGGGGUUACCACGGUCCUGUAGCACUGUGGGCUGUGGGAAGGUGAGACCAGCACAGGUCAGGUGUGUGGGGUUGUCCAGGGAAGGGCUGGGGAUAAGCACAAUGCCACUUAACUUCAAAUUGUCCUUUGCUUGCCUUAAAAAGAAUCUGCUCUGAUACUGAAAUGUCUAUUUGCCUGACAUAUGGCCCGAUGAGAAGGCAGAGCUCUGUCCUCCCUGUGCCUGGGGCAGGACG